AUGCCAAGUGGUGACAGGUCAUUUGAAAGGUUUGUUGAAAUGAUGAUGAGUUCAAUGAACAGAUCAGAAACCUCUACCAUAUAUUGGCUGAAGAUGUAUCGAGAUUUAUGUCCGCUAAGUUUUAAGAGUGACCCGGAAGUGGACCCAAGCAUGGGAGAAUAUUGGAUGGAGCAAACAGAAAAGCUGCUAGAACACUUAGAAUGCCCUGAAGAGCACUGGGUAAGAUGUGCAACAUUUAUGUUAAAAGAAGAAGCAGCUAUUUGGUGGAAGUCUAUGUCAGGAGUCUUAAGGACUCGAAAUACUGUUCAAGAAAAUGGAGAUGUACGGGUGACACCUAUUACUUGGGAGCAAUUUAAGACUGCAUUUAAUGAUAAAUACUUUCUCGACUACUGGAGAAAGGUGAAAAAGCAAGAGUUCUUGAAGUUGUCUCAGACAGAUGAUAUGUUCGUGGUACAGUACGAAGCCAAGUUUUCCAAGUUGAUAAAAUAUGUGCCCAUGUACACCACUGACGAUUUUGAGAAGGCCCAUAAGUUUUUCCAAGGACUCAGAAAAGAAGUUAAGCAAGUUCUGUACGCAUGGAACAUUCGCACAUUUGAGGAUGUGAUGUGGUCGAUAAGGCCAUUACCGUCGAGAGGAACAUGA